AUGAACACACCAAAUAGGGAUUUGAAAGAGAAAAAUUUAUGGGACAGUAACGAUGUGAACUUACACAAAGGCGAUACGAGCCGCAAGGCGUAUAGCAACAGUCGUGGCAGUAAUGCGAAGAAGACGAAGAAGAAUGAAAGGUCGAAUUUCAUGGCCAAUGAAUACAAGGACACCUUCCACGUGGAGAACCCUCCCAGGAGUACCAAUAACGUGAAUAUAUAUUAUGGCAAUGAGGAAGACGUCAUUGACAGCGCCAUCAACGACGAAGAUGACUUUUUUGGGAGUGGAGCAAACAGUUCCCUGAAUAAGAAUUUAACAACGGUUAAUUUGAGUGACGUGAAAAGGGGAAGAGGGCCCCCCCAAGGUAUAAGUAAUUCAAACGGAAUCGCCAGUUUUGAUGGCAGUCUCAGUGUAGCGUCAUAUAACGGAUAUAACAUAAACAACAACACGGGUAGUCCCCUUAACUUUUCGAAUACCCAUGGUGUAUCUAAUCAAAUGAUAAUCGGUGCGAACGGCACCGGAAUUCGACGAUACCACAGCAACAACAGUGACAUGUACCACCAGAGAACCCCCCUCGAACAAAAAUUCAAUGCAGGAGAAGUGCACGAAAUGAAUUUUAGAAACAUGCCGAGCGGAAAAAUGAACAUAUUUAAUCUAAGCGACAACGAAAAUAAUGACAACUGGGGGGGUGUAACCGCCUCGAGAAGCAGUCUUGAGGAUGGAGGAAAUAACUCGUUCGACCUGUUACCCUUUUUUAAAAGUUUAAAAGGAAUCAGCACAAAGCUAUUGUGCUACUAUGACGUGGAUAGCGACGUGAUCAUAUACAGGUGCAUGUGCGCGCUGCUGCCUUAUCUGAACGUGGAUAAGUCAUACGAUUAUAUGGAUGGCUUGGAUGACCUUGAAAAGAACACGUGUCAGCGGAGCACCCGCCGCAGCCACAAGAACAAGGGCCAUGGAAAAAGUGCCGAUAAAUAUUACGGCAGCAAUAACGGUGCUGCCAGCGCAGACGAAAACGAAGUAGACGAUGAGAACGCAAAUAUAAGAAAAAUCAGCCACAUGAAUGACGCCUUCGAUUACUAUGACAACAAGCUCAGCAUAGAAAGAAACCCAGACUUGUAUGGAUUUGUAUGGGUGAACAUUUUCAUUUCCUUCACCAUUUUUUUUCUUUUUAAUUGGAAAAAUAUCUUUUUUGGUGUCUCCUCCGAUGUGGAUUUUACCCCCUCAGAUGGCACCACCUUGAGUAGCGAAGAAAUAAACAACCAAGCAUACAUCACCCAGAAUAAAUUAAACAUUUUCUACACCACUUUAAUUUUUUUAUAUCUUUUCAAUACGCUCACCCCUUUAUCAAUAUACAUGACAAAUUUCAUUGUCACGAAAAGGGUAUUUCCAAUAAGGUUGCCCUUUCUCAUUUCGUUGAUGAGUUAUAAUAAUAUAAUUUUAUUCCCCCUGAUUUUUUUUUACAAAUUUACCUUGAUAAAAACGAAUCUGUCAUUUAUUCUCUUCUUUUGUAGUGUCUUUCGUUUUUUUAUUUUUGCCCACUAUAUGCUGUCCUCUUUAUUUUACAUACACAAAUAUACCAUCCGCACUUUUCGCAAUAAUUUUUCUGAUAACGUCAUUUAUGUGUACUAUGGAAUUUUUUUCUUGUCCUACCUGCUGUUAUACCUUCAGUUGAAGAGCUACAUAUUCAGUUAUUUGUGA